CCAGGGUUCUGCUGUCCUGACAGAGGUGUUGGAUCCAGGGCAGGCAGGACUGUGUGUGGCUGCCAUCCAAAACUGAAGGGGAAUGCCCAUCUCCGCCUGACACUGAUGGCUUAUCAGGUGAAGACCACAGGGCCCUUAAAAUUGCCCCCUAAUGUGUUUCAUGGGCCACGCCUGGCACAUCCUCCCCUCCGAAGGCGCUGAGCACUGCACCUCUCCCAUCCUUCUGUGGACCCCUGGGUUCUGGUGGUGAACCCAGAGCCCUCCCUCUGACCACCAUGGAGCUCCCAGCUCGCAACCAGAAGAAGGGCUCUACCCCUCCCAGAAUGAAGGCAGCUGAAGUCCUUAACUUGGAGUUAAAUGCUGCUGUGUACAACAAGGAUAAAGAAGCUGUGCUGGAGCUGCUGGAGCAGGGGGCAGAUGUGAAUUCCAAGGUAGACAGUGGCUGGACACCCCUGCAGACUGCAGUGAGAGUCGACGAGGAGGAGCUGGUCCAGCUUCUGCUGGACAGGGGAGCUUCUCUGCACGCCAGGAAGGACAAUGGUGGCACUGCAUUUACUGAGGCAGGGAUAGCAGGGAACGUGGAGGUCCUGAAGCUCCUCCUGGAGCGUGGGUCAGACAUCCACGAGCAGGACAUCAAUGGCUUCACAGCUUUCAUGGAGGCUGCAUGGUACGGGAAGGAGGAAGCCUUGAGAUUCCUGUACAGCAGAGGGGCAAAGGUGAAUUUGAGGAGGGAGACCAGCGAGGAGAAAGCCAAGCUGCACAAAGGAGGUGCCACAGCACUAAUGGACGCUUGCAAGGAGCGCCACUUCUCGGCUGUGAAAAUCCUGGUCGAGGAGAUGAGGGCUGAUGUGAACAUCCGUGACAACAGAGACAGGAAUGCCUUGAUCCACGCCCUAAAGAAGGGUUCGGACAAAAAAAAGUAUGAGUCAGCUGUGUCCAUAGUUCAUUUCCUGCUGGAGCACGGUGUGGAUGUGAAGAGCAAAGAUGAAUGUGGGAAAACUGCCCUCAUCCUGGCUGUUGAAAUGGAGAGCCCAGAGCUGGUGACAGCUUUGUUGGAGAAGGAUGAGAUAGAUAUUGAUGACGCAGAUGAGGAGGGCAACACAGCCCUGAUGGUGGCUGUGGAGAAAGAUGAUUGCAGAAUAGCAAAGUUGUUGUGUGAAAAGGGAGCGAGGACUAAUCGUGGGAACCUGAUUGCAGUUGCAAGGAGAAAUCGUUCUUCCAGCAUGGAAAACCGUCUUCGUGAGUACAAGGUCAGGCUUGUUCCAGAUCCCCCCAGAGCGUGGGAGCCAAAGAGCAAACGCUGGAGGGCCCAGCUGAAAAAACUUGAUCAAAUGUAUCGCCCCAUGAUUGGCAAACUGAAGACAUUUCCAUACAUCCAGCAGAAAAUUCAGGAUGGCAUCUACCUCGGGCUCCACGGAGGGACAGAGGUAGCAGUGCAAAUAACCCGCAGUGCAGAGGGUGACAAAGAGAAAGAGUUCCUUGGAAAAUGUUCUCACAGUGAACAUCUACUGAAGCUCUUCCAGUCUGAGAAGGAAAAAGGCUGCAUGUACUUGUGCUUCCUGCUCUGGGAAAAAAACCUCCAGGAGCACCUGCAGGACCCUGAAGGCCAGAAGGAUUACAAAGCUGCUCUGAAGAUCAUCUUCCAGGCACUGAGAGAGCUGCACUCCCUCGGAUUUGCUCACCAGGAUCUGCAGCCUGGGAACUUCGUAAUAGAUUUAGGUGGCAAAAUUUACUUGGCGGACUUUGGUAAUAAAAGAAGGUCAAUUGAAGGCCAAGAAGAACUUGUGAAGUCAGAUUUAGAGGCCCUGGGCAGGCUCGUGCUCUACGUUUUAACAGGGGGUAGGAAACCCCUCCAGCAAGUUGGAAUCAGGGAUUUGGCUCCCAGUUCCCCAGAUUACACGGAGGCUCUGGACCUUGUACAAAGCCUGUCCUCUCCUGAUGAACGAGGCUUGGAAGGAUUGAGCAAACAUCCCUAUUUCUGGAGCAAUCAGAGCAGGUUCAACUUCCUGAAGACUAUAUGGAAUAAAAUCAAAGACAACCCAAACCGAAAAAGUAUUUUUCAAGAUCCUAAUGUCACUAAGAAAGCUUUUCCUUAUCCACAGUGGACUAAAAUGAUUGACAAAGAUGUUUUACGCGUCAUGGAAAAUCCUAAGAAUGCAAAACCUACCAGAUACAGAAAUGAUGUCACUCAACUCCUGAGGCUCAUGAGAAACAUGGAUGAACACAAAGAUGAAGGGAUCAGCAACAAAAUAGGAGACUAUGCUGAGUAUUUCCUGAAGGUUUUCCCAGAACUUACCAUCUAUGUGUACAACAGCUUACGCCAGAACCCCACGUGCAGUCACCUCACAGACUUCCAGGACCCUUCUCUGUAGGAUGUCACUGCCUCCUGUCCUGUGUCUGAUCUCACCAUCACUCUUUUUAUUUCUUAUUUAUUCACCUGCAAAAGAGCUGAAGAUGUGGGUAAGGAGAUGGGAUAAAGCACACACAGGGACAGUAUGGAGGACUGAAUUUAGGAAAGAUUCCAAAGAGUUUGGUGUAACAGCCACAACCUUUGGAUGCUCUGAUUUGCACUGUGAUUAUACAUUGCUUAUGGAAAUGGUUCUCAGCUUUUUAAACUGGGAUUGUUAUUCUUUCAAUAACCCCAUGGAGAA